AAUGCACCGUAACCGAGUGAGUAAAUCGCGCUUGCGCCGUAUGCUCUCUCUCUUUGGACCUCCGUCUCCACUGAAACGAUGGCCAAGCGCACCAAGAAGGUGGGGAUCGUUGGUAAAUAUGGUACGCGUUAUGGCGCGUCGCUGAGGAAGAUGGUGAAGAAAAUUGAAAUCUCCCAGCAUUCAAAAUACACCUGCUCUUUCUGUGGCAAGACCAAGAUGAAGAGGAGGGCUGUUGGUAUCUGGCAUUGUGGGUCCUGCAGGAAGACUGUAGCUGGAGGUGCCUGGACAUACAACACAACUUCCGCUGUCACAGUAAAGUCCGCGAUCAGGAGACUGAAGGAGUUAAAGGACCAGUAAACCACUGCUAUGAUCAUUGGUAGUUUUGUUUAAUUUAACUGAGCUGGACAUGACCAACGUUCAAAAAUAAAGCGAUCUGGAGUGGG